AUGACAGUGGUCUUGGGCAGUGAAAGUGGAUGGAUAAAGAGGAAGAGGACAACCAAAGAUACGAUAGAUUACUUAUCGCUUCCUCUAAACGACGUGGCGACAGCUCGUGGCCACGAUCGAACACCAACUGACCGCCAUCGAGGCUUCCCCGAGAGAGACCGUGAGGGCAGAGAGGGAUCCAGAGAGCAUCGCCGCGAAAGAGACCGGGAUAGGGAACGGGAUAGAGAUCCUUUUGAUUUUGAUGGAACACCAUUAAGUCCAAUAGCAUCGCGAGCCCACGACAAAGACUCUCGCCCAGUCCGCAAGUCCUCAUCAGCUCACAAGGUCACGGAGACCAGCAUAUCGACCGACAAGAGGCGCUUCUUCUGCAGGGAGUGGGCUUUCCAGAAGAUAGCUCAUUGUCUAGAGCAGAGGCCUGUUAGCAAGACUUGUGGCGCUCUUAUAUUGGGUGACGCAGGCAGUGGUAAGACAGCCCUCUGUCAGGAACUGAGUGAGCCUGGUCAGGGUCCGCAGGCGAGGCAGCAGAGAGCCCUCAACAGGAGACUGCUGGCUAGACACUUUCUGCAGAGUCACACGGAAAGCAGCUUAAGACCCGGUGAAUUUGUCCGCACUCUAGCUAUGCAAAUACUCAGUCAUUCUUCGAGAAGACCGAGGGCUGAUAACUCGGACCUAUCGCCCAGAGACCCCGAUACUCCUCAUAGUUAUAGACGUAAUUCGGAAGAAGAGAGGCUGAUCAAUCGGUUUCGUGAGCUGGGUGAUGAUACUGAGGAGAGCUCCAAACCAUUGCUGGCUGAUAGCGAGGACCAGCGCACAGACGACGAAGACACGUCAGCGCGGCGUCCGCGCACUAUACAGCGCAUACACGAGAAGGAAGACUAUAAGGAUCUACAUGCUGACGCCCCGCUCACUACGUUAGACGAUUUGCCGGAAAUCUUGCCAAGAUCAUCAGUGAAGCCGACGAACCCGUUCGUGUCGGACGAGAAGGACGAUCUGCGAUUGUACGAGAAUCACGAGAACUUGUUCCUGAGGAAUAUCUCGCAACGACAGUCUAAGGAGUUGCGGAAUUCCAGGUUACUCCGCCAAUCUUCAGAGCCGCUCUCCGAGAAGAAAGGCCACGUGCUACAGAAGAGUUUGUCCACCGAACAGAAGAAUGAUAGCUCCGGUGAUGACAAGAAGGUGGAGAACAGCCCGCCCAAGUCUAGAAUACCUGUCGCUAAUUUUAGGUACCCCAACAAAAGUGACUUACGUUCAGCCGAGAAUUCUCCCGUCAAGAAGCCAGAGCGACCACCUUCUCCUAAAGAAGAGUUGCCAGAGUACCAGAAUAUCCUCAAAGCUGAGUCAGAAGAGAUAGACAAGAUUGAGAAAGUGCAGAAGGGGAAAGAAGAAGAUGUUCCACCGCCGAUACCUAGUCUGCCGAUCAGUCCUAGGACUCUGAUAGCGAAUGCGUAUUAUGAUAAGCUUCUGUCUGAGCCUGAAAUUCAGCAGGCGCUGUUGCCCCAGAAUUUGGAGAAGAAUCCAGACGAAUGCUUCAAGAAGGCUCUGCUGUUCCCGCUGCUGGAGAUAGACCCGCCCAAACAGUGUCUGUUCCUACUGGUCGAUGCCAUUGAUGAAGGAGUAGUAGGAGGUAUCUGCGAAGAUCGAGAAGGCACAGAAGGCUCUACAAGCGUCGCCAGCCUCCUCUCCCGUCACCAGCACCUGUUCCCGCAGUGGCUGCUGCUCGUCUGCACUGCUAGGAAGCACUGCAGGGUGUUCACCAGGAUGUUCACAGGUUUCCGCAAGAUAACUUUGGACGAGUUGCAGCGAGCUCACGUGUCGGCUGAUGUCCAGAGAUACGUUCUGGCGCGGCUGGAUACAGAACCAAGGUUACGAGCGCGAGUAUCGAGCGAUUCGACAGCAGCGGCGGCGGCGGCGGCUGCACUCGAUCAUUUGCGAAUCAAGAGCGAUGGCUGCUUACUGUAUUUGGAGAAGGUGCUAGACGGCGUGGCAGACGGUUUUAUAGCUCUGCGCGAGAUUCGAGAGAUACCCGGCACUCUCAACGGACUGUAUCUGUGGCUAGCUCAGAGGCUGUUCCAUGGACGGAGGUUCACUAAGGUCCGUUUACUACUAGAUGUCCUGCUAGCGGCGCGAUGCGGCGUCACAGAGGAGAUGCUAUACAAAUGUCUGCUCACUAAAGAGUAUAGCGUUACUAGAGAGGAUUUUAAUAGACGACUACAUUUGUUGAGGAGGAUUCUAGUAAUGGAGCGUUCAACAGGCUUCCUAUCAAUGUUCCACCACUCCUUCGCCAAAUGGCUGGUGGACGUCAAGCAUUGUACCAGACGUUACCUCUGCUGUCCCACUGAUGGACACGCUGCCAUCGCCAUGUAUUAUACUCUCGAUGCUAAAAGAUUAAGCGCUUUGGAAAUUCACAACUACGUGUUUCAUAUGACUAGUUUAGAGCAGCAUAUGGCUUCGCAGAAGAAAACUAAAAUUAUUGAACAAAAAGAAGAUGAGUUAGAUCUGCAUACUUUAAUACUCCUCUGGGUUCUGGACUCCGGAUGUGACGUGGAGUCUGCUCUCAGGAGGGAGAGUGAGACUCAGAAACAGUUGCAGACUGAAGAAACACAGAAACAAGACGUGAAGGCUGAAACUGUAGACGGCGACCCUGAAUCUGAAAGCAAGGAUUCUAUAUCUGCAGACCCAACGGCACUCGAAGCCAUAAUGCCAGAGUUGAUAGCCGGUGAGAGCACUACUCACUGGCCGAGAGACCGACGCGUGCUGCGGGCUCUGCUGGAGCUGAGUCGAGCUGACUCCGUGCCUCCUGAAGCUGAGCAACAGGAGAUGAUGCUAUCAACAGACCAGCCUUUAGAGAACGAAGAUGACACCACGACUGCCAAAGAACAGGAUGAGGAAAUACCAUUGGAUCCUAACACCGUACAUGAGUUAGCUGCGAAAGGUGAUGAGGAGACCUUGGCUGCGCUGUUGAAGCGUUACCCCGGUCUGGUAGACGCGACGGACGCUACAGGCGGCACGGCGCUACACGCGGCGGCACGCGGCGGCCGCGCCCACGCCGCCGCGCUGCUGCUGCGUGCCGGCGCCCGCCCCGACGCCGCCGAUGCUGACGGCUGGAGCCCACUCAGGGCUGCGGCCUGGGCUGGACAUACUGAGGUGGUGGAAGUUCUACUGGAAUUCGGCUGUGACGUAGAUUGCGUAGACGCAGAUAACAGGACUGCUUUAAGAGCGGCAGCCUGGUCAGGCCACGAGGCCGUGGUCUCCCGUCUCCUAGCCGCCGGGGCUGACCCCGACAAAGCGGACGCGGAAGGCCGGACCCCCCUCAUAGCGGCCGCGUACAUGGGCCAUGCGGACAUCGUGAGAGCGUUGUUAGAUGCUGGCGCCGAGAUCGAUCAUGCUGAUGAUGAUGGUCGUACAGCACUAUCAGUAGCCUCUCUCUGCGCAAGUGGCUGCGCUUGCGCCGCGCUGCUACUAGAGCGAGGGGCGGACGUCUCGCGAGCUGAUCGCGAUAGAGCCACGCCGCUGUUGGUAGCUGCUUUUGAGGGUCAUACUGAGAUCUGCGAGCUCCUAUUGGAGGCAGAGGCGGACCCGGAGGCGGGCGACGCGGCGGGCCGCACGGCGCUGUGGGCCGCCGCCGCCGCCGGCCACGCGCGGGCGCUGCGCCUGCUGCUGUUCUGGGGCGCCUGCGUCGACAACAUGGACGCUGACGGACGCACUGUGCUGAGCGUGGCGGCGGCACAAGGUAACGUGGAGGUAGUAAGACAGUUGUUAGACCGGGGGCUGGAUGAACAUCAUAGAGACAAUUCCGGGUGGACGCCGCUACAUUAUGCUGCUUUUGAAGGCCACAUAGAAGUCUGCGAAGCUUUACUAGAAGCUGGUGCGAAAGUCGACGAAGCCGACAACGACGGGAAAGGACCCCUCAUGCUGGCAGCCCAGGAAGGUCACCACAAACUGGUGGAAAUCCUCAUAGACCAGUGGGAUGCGAGGGUGGAACAGCGAGCUCAUGACGGGAAGACCGCUUUCAGACUAGCAGCACUAGAAGGCCACAUAGAGACAGUAGCAGCGUUGUACGCGCGCGGCGCAGUAGUGGACGCGUUGGACGCGGACCGGCGCAGCACUCUGUACGUGCUGGCGCUCGACAACCGCCUGCCCAUGGCGCGGUACCUGCUCACGCAGUGCCGCGCGCAGGCUGAUACUACUGACAGCGAGGGCCGAACACCUUUGCACGUGUCAGCGUGGCAGGGACAUACGGAUAUGGUCAACCUACUGAUCAAAGUUGGUGGUGCAGCCGUAGACGGUAGAGACAGAUGCCGUCGAACGGCCCUCCAUGCGGCAGCUUGGAGGGGCCGCGUCAACGUGCUGCGAGCGUUACUCGACCAGGGAGCCGACCCUGCUGCCGUGUGUACCCAAGGCGCUACACCACUGGGUAUAGCCGCUCAGGAAGGACACGAAGAGUGCGUGUUGUGGCUUCUACAGCACGGUGCCGAUCCGUUGCAAGCUGAUCAUUGCGGUCGUACUCCAGCGAAGGUGGCGUGGCGAGCUGGUCACGCGAACAUCUGCCGGCUGCUGGAGCGAUGGGCUGCGCCUUCAGCCCCCGCAGCCGACCUGCAGCCGCGCCCGCCCAGCGCCGGUUCACCAGAAUACAAGCGUCGCAGCGUACACAGCUCUAACUCGACCAAAUCGUCGUCCAAUAUGACCGCCGGCUCCGCCCGCUCGCACUCGCACCACGACCCGCCUGACACUAUUACUGAGAAGCCAAACCGCGCGAACUUAUCGCUCUCGUUCGCCCAGCAAGUGGCGCGGUGCGGGCGCGGGCGCCGAGACAUACCCGAGCACUCAGACAUACCCGAGCAUCAUGUCGUCGAGAAAGAUUCCAAGCUGAGGAGCUACCUAGCCAACGAACGUGACGCGGAACUAGUAACCUGGUCAGGUGCCGGCCGCCGCUCCAACUGGCGCGGCGACUGCUCGCCUCUCUACGCCAGUCCGCCUCGUACUCCCGUCAGUGACGUCACUUCCCCCACGCUUCCGUCACUUCCUACUGCUGUGUUACAGCCCGUACUGACAGAUACGCAUUUCAAUAGGGAUACACAUAUGAGGAUUAUUUUGGGAAGGGAUAGUAAGCCGCCGCAGGAUCGGAGUGAAAGCGAGGUGUGGAAAGCGAUGGGUCGCGUAGCGUACAACAGGCUUGUGGGCAGUUUCGGCCGCGCUAGAGGCCGAAUAUUUAAAAACAAGAGUAAGAGGAACGGCAUCGUGACAAAUCCAGCGAUGCGAUUGGUCGCGAACGUCAGAAAUGGACUUGACAGCGCAGCCGCCAACAUACGCAGAACGGGCGUAGCCCUAGCGGCUAGUGCCAGCUCCGCGAACCCGGCCGUGAAGACCAGCGCUUUCCAAUGGAGAAAGGAAACUCCACUAUAAACGGAACACAUGAAAAAACUACGGCUUAAAGUUCAAAAGAACCUUCGACAAGGUAAACGGGUUAAUUUUCUCGUUUAAAAAAUUCAAGGUCACCUUUUCAAGGUCAAGGUCAGAUUUUCAAGGUCAAUGUGAUUUGAAGGUCAGGUGUGAUGAGUUUUGUUUAAUCUAGCUUUUUGGUUUGAAAAGUUUGAUUUAAAAUUUGGUUUUGUGAUUGAUUUGUCACUUGUAGAGAUUGCCAGUUUGAAAAAGGUUGUUUUUUAGUAAUGUGGCAAUAUUGAGUUUAUUGAUGCUUGUGUUUAUAUUCGAUAUUUUUAGAGGCCUACUCGAAUAUUUAGCAUCGAUUUAAAAUGUACCUGUCUGUUUUAGAGGAUAAAAAUUAAAAUUUAACGAUUUGAAGGAAUUAUAGUUUCUUAAAAAACUUCCACAGUUUCGAUAAAUCCUAAGACAGACAGACAUACAUCUUACUUUUGUCUAUAUACCUAAGAAAAUGUACAUAAAGGUACAUACAUAAUGUAAAGUUCAUGAUUAUUAUAACUACUAAAGGCAAUAUAUAAAAAAUAACGUGUAUUAUAGAAAGUUUAAUUAUUGGAAAAAAGUAACGUUUAUAGAUAUAAAUGACGCAUAUAAACAUAUAUUUUUAAUAAUUAAUAAUACAGAAAAUAGUAUUUUUCCUUUUUCGUUCUCGUCAAAUUACUUUGCCGCUCUAACGUUAGUCUGAAAUGUCUUGAUUUAAACUUCAGGACGGCAAACUUAUAUGACAAGAACUGUAUAUUAUGUUUUCUUUAUAUGGGCCUAAAACACAUACAAAUCUAUGUAUUUCAUAUAACAGUACUAUAUACUUAUAAUAUUUUUGACAUAUAUCAAUACUAAUUUUCUGUAUACGUAAUCUAUACUUAUAAAUUUUUUGUUUGUUCAACAUUUCUAAACGAUAAUUUGAGUUUGACAGUUAAUGCGAUGCUAUACGAUUUAUUUGAGUAAAAAAAAUAAUGAAACAAUUCUAUGAAGGGUUUUUGACUGUAUUUUUCGCUAAGUUACAUGCAUUUGAAGCCUAUAUGUUAUUCUAAAAUAUAAGCUUUAUUAAUGUCAAGUUUUAUCAGAUUUAUUUCAACCGUUUGUGCGUAAAGAAAGUACGCAGACAUAUUUUCGCCUUCAAUUAAAAUUAUUAAAAAUUCAGUCAACUACCCAAAACCUUCGCAAUUGCUAAAAAAUAUCUAGUCUUUAGGUGCUGGUAAAGCUAUAUCUAUAGCAUCGCACAGCUUUCAAAACUAUCAAUGCUUUACUUUUUAACCGACUUCUAAAGAAGGAGGUUCUCAAUUAUUAGACCGCGUAUUUUUUACUAUUUACUAAUAUUAUAUCAGUAUUAUUAACACAUUAAAAUGUAUUGGCUAAAUUA